AAAAAACUCCGGAGAUUCGGUGACGAUCAAGUAGCGAGUCUGUCCGCGGGUACCCCGAAUUCGACGGAUUCGUGGGCCCGAGCGAGUUUCAUUCGAAUCCACGCGCCGGUUUCGCCUCCCUCGGUACGCUCGGGGUGUGUGAGAGUCGCGUGCGGAAGAGGGAAGAGGAGGACGACCAGCCACGAUUCAUCCCUGUCCGUCGGCCGAUACCACCGAUCCGAUCCGUGAUUUCUACCACCAGCGACCAACUACCACGAGAGAAGAUGAUAAUCGUGAGCAGCGUGCUAUUGAUUCUGGCGGUCGUGUCGAGAGUGGGAUGCCAACGGAAUACUCCGAGAAGCGCAAGAGCCAGCAGAAAUGAAGCAGUUUUGGAAUUUGAAUGCCCCGAGGAAUUUGGAUACUACCCUCAUCCACGUGACUGCACUCAGUAUUAUGUCGUGCCCGUUUUUUGGCGGUGCCUUGCUGGAGUCCUGCACGGGCGGUCUCAUGUACAGAGCUUAGAAGAAGCAUUGCUUCCCAUUGAUUAUUUCGCUGCGAGACGUAACGCUGCGCCAGCGUCGUUCGGCAUCGAGGCACUAAAAAUCCCGCGAGUUCCGAGAUUACGUGCUAGAUAA